AUGUCCUUCGAGGGUGCCAGGUUCAGCAUGAGGAGCAGGAGGAACGGCAUCCUGGGCAGCACCCGGACCCUGUACUCCAGCGUGUCUCGGAGCACAGACGUGUCCUACAGCGAGAGCGACUUGGUGAAUUUUAUUCAAGCGAAUUUUAAGAAGCGGGAAUGCGUCUUCUUUACCAAAGAUUCCAAGGCCACGGAAAACGUGUGCAAAUGUGGCUACACGCAGAGCCAUCACAUGGAAGGCACCCAGGUCAACCAAAGCGAGAAGUGGAAUUACAAGAAACACACCAAGGAGUUUCCCACAGAUGCCUUUGGGGACAUUCAGUUUGAGGCCCUGGGGAAGAAAGGCAAGUACAUCCGUUUGUCCUGCGACACGGACGCGGAGACCCUCUAUGAGCUGCUGACCCAGCACUGGCACCUGAAAACGCCCAACCUGGUCAUUUCCGUGACGGGCGGCGCCAAAAACUUCGCCCUGAAGCCGCGCAUGCGCAAGAUCUUCAGCCGCCUCAUCUACAUCGCGCAGUCCAAAGGCGCUUGGAUCCUCACGGGCGGUACCCAUUACGGCCUGAUGAGGUACAUCGGCGAGGUGGUGAGAGAUAACACCAUCAGCAGGAGCUCGGAAGAGAACAUCGUGGCCAUCGGCAUAGCAGCCUGGGGCAUGGUCUCCAACCGGGACACCCUCAUCCGCAGUGGUGAUGCUGAGGGGUAUUUUUCAGCUCAGUACAUCAUGGAUGACUUCACGAGGGACCCGCUGUAUGUCCUGGACAACAAUCACACCCACUUGCUGCUUGUGGACAAUGGGUGUCACGGACACCCCACCGUUGAAGCCAAGCUCCGGAAUCAGCUGGAGAAAUACAUCUCCGAGCGCACAAGUCAAGAUUCUAACUAUGGUGGCAAGAUCCCCAUUGUGUGUUUUGCCCAAGGAGGUGGAAGAGAGACUUUGAAAGCCAUCAACACCUCCAUCAAGAGUAAGAUCCCUUGUGUGGUGGUGGAGGGCUCGGGGCAGAUGGCCGAUGUGAUCGCCAGCCUGGUGGAGGUGGAGGGCGACCUGACAUCUUCCACGGUGAAGGAGAAGCUGGUGCGCUUUCUACCCCGCACCGUGUCCCGGCUGCCAGAGGAGGAGACUGAGAGCUGGAUCAAAUGGCUCAAAGAAAUUCUUGAAAGUUCUCACCUGCUAACAGUUAUUAAAAUGGAAGAAGCCGGGGAUGAAAUUGUGAGCAAUGCCAUUUCCUAUGCUUUGUACAAAGCCUUCAGCACCAAUGAGCAAGAAAAGGACAACUGGAACGGGCAGCUGAAGCUCCUGCUGGAGUGGAACCAGCUGGACCUGGCCAGCGAUGAGAUCUUCACCAACGAUCGCAGGUGGGAGUCUGCAGACCUUCAGGAAGUCAUGUUCACAGCUCUCAUAAAGGACAGACCCAAAUUCGUCCGCCUCUUUCUGGAGAACGGCUUGAACCUGCAGAAGUUCCUCACCAACGAUGUCCUCACCGAGCUCUUCUCCAACCACUUCAGCACCCUCGUGUAUCGGAACCUGCAGAUUGCCAAGAAUUCCUACAAUGACGCCCUCCUCACGUUCGUCUGGAAGCUGGUUGCCAACUUCCGAAGAGGCUUCUGGAAGGAAGACAGAAAUAGCAGGGACGAGAUGGAUGUGGAACUCCAUGACGUGUCUUUCAUUACCCGGCACCCCCUGCAAGCUCUCUUCAUCUGGGCCAUUCUGCAGAACAAGAAGGAGCUUUCCAAAGUCAUCUGGGAACAGACCAGGGGCUGUACUCUGGCAGCCCUGGGAGCCAGCAAGCUUCUGAAGACGCUGGCCAAGGUGAAGAAUGACAUCAAUGCCGCUGGGGAGUCUGAGGAGCUGGCAAACGAGUACGAGACCCGCGCAGUGGAGCUUUUCACGGAGUGCUACAGCAGCGACGAGGACCUGGCGGAGCAGCUGCUGGUUUACUCCUGUGAAGCUUGGGGUGGAAGCAACUGUUUGGAGCUGGCGGUGGAGGCCACAGACCAGCAUUUCAUCGCCCAGCCUGGGGUGCAGAAUUUUCUUUCCAAGCAAUGGUAUGGCGAGAUCUCCCGAGACACCAAGAACUGGAAGAUCAUUCUGUGCCUGUUUCUCAUUCCCCUGGUGGGCUGCGGCUUCGUGUCCUUCAGGAAGAAGCCCAUUGACAAGCACAGGCGGCUCCUGUGGCACUACGUGGCCUUCUUCACGUCCCCCUUCGUGGUCUUCUCCUGGAACGUGGUCUUCUACAUCGCCUUCCUGCUGCUCUUCGCCUACGUGCUGCUCAUGGACUUCCACUCGGUGCCGCACACGCCCGAGCUGAUCCUCUACGCGCUGGUCUUCGUCCUGUUCUGUGACGAAGUGAGGCAGUGGUACAUGAACGGGGUGAAUUACUUCACCGACCUGUGGAACGUCAUGGACACGCUGGGGCUGUUCUACUUCAUAGCAGGGAUUGUGUUUCGGCUCCACCCUUCUAAUAAAAGUUCUCUGUACUCUGGCCGAGUCAUUUUCUGCCUGGAUUACAUCAUAUUCACCCUCAGGUUGAUCCACAUUUUCACUGUGAGCAGAAACUUAGGACCCAAGAUCAUAAUGCUGCAGAGGAUGUUGGUGGAUGUCUUCUUCUUCCUGUUCCUCUUUGCCGUGUGGAUGGUGGCCUUCGGGGUGGCCAGGCAAGGCAUCCUGAGGCAGAACGAGCAGCGCUGGAGGUGGAUCUUCCGCUCCGUCAUCUAUGAGCCCUACCUGGCCAUGUUCGGCCAGGUGCCCAGCGAUGUGGAUGGUACCACCUACGACUUUGCCCACUGCACCUUCACCGGCAACGAGUCCAAGCCGCUGUGCGUGGAGCUGGAUGAGCACAGCCUGCCGCGCUUCCCCGAGUGGAUCACCAUCCCCCUGGUGUGCAUCUACAUGCUGUCCACCAACAUCCUGCUGGUCAACCUGCUGGUCGCCAUGUUCGGCUACACGGUGGGCACCGUCCAGGAGAACAACGACCAGGUCUGGAAGUUCCAGAGGUACUUCCUGGUGCAGGAGUACUGUAGCCGCCUCAACAUCCCCUUCCCCUUCGUGGUCUUCGCCUACUUCUACAUGGUGGUCAAGAAGUGCUUCAAGUGCUGUUGCAAGGAGAGGCACGUGGGGUCCUCUGCCUGCUGUUUCAGAAAUGAGGACAAUGAGACUUUGGCCUGGGAGGGUGUUAUGAAGGAGAAUUACCUCGUCAAGAUCAACACGAAGGCCAAUGACACCUCAGAGGAGAUGAGGCAUCGGUUUAGACAACUGGAUACAAAGCUUAAUGAUCUCAAGGGUCUUCUGAAAGAGAUUGCUAGUAAAAUCAAAUAAAAUGACGUGAACUCUUGUGGAGAAAAAUCUCUUUAUAUCAAGGGAACGCCAGCCGUCUGACCCGACAGGGGAGAGGGAAGCUGUCACCGUCCCGCUACUGACUGCUGCAUGAGAACUCUUCCGGUCCCUGGACUCAGGGCGGAUGGUUUUAGUCACCCUGAUGUGCUGAAAUCUGGGAAGCGAGCAUGUGAUGCUCUCACACGGGGGACGGACGUAAGGGAAGAACUUUUCCUCCCAGUGCACCUGCCUCUGGGGCCCCUGCUGUCUGUGUCUCGUGCCUUGUGCAUAAGUGUCUUCCCCUGUCUUACUGCCGACCACGGGUCCUGAAGGAGCAUCUCUGCUACACAGAAGAGCCUGGCCCUGCCUUAGUCCCGUGUGGUUAUUUUGUUUAUUUCCAAUUGAGUCUCUAACUUUUCCUUUUUUGUGUUAUGUGACCAAUUUGUUGGCAUCUUGUUAAAAGUCUCCCAAAUCAGGUCAGAUUCUAAAAUGUGCUGGGGCAGGAGGACCCUGCUCUGUUCAGGAGGGGCUCUUUUCAUGCCUCCUCCGGCCUCUCAGCUUCAAGGCAGGGGCUCCACGGUGACGCCCUCUUCACCUCCCUGGUGGCGGGCGCUGCUGUGGAGGGCCGCAUCGCUCCUGGCCACGCGAACAGCCACCUGCAGUGGGCCCUCCAGAGGCGCCGUGGUCUCACUGGGCACUCCUCUUGCUCCUCUGAUUUAUUGUUUUUUUCAUUAAAAAUGAUACCUGGAUAUUAUAGAAAAUUUAGACUACAGAGAGAUGUAGGAAGAACACCAAUACCUAAAGGUCAUCACGGUUCACGUUUCCGAGUUUCUCUAAGUCUAGUUUUUUCUAUGCACAUUUUAUUUCCCUUCCAAAAUGUUACAUAAUGUCAUCAUAUUGCAUAUAUGGUUUUGUAUAAGCUUUUUCACAUGAUAUUUCAUCAAAGAUGUUUUCUUUAUAUUCAUGGUAUUCUUUAAUGUUGUAUCAGCAAUUGCAUAGUAUUCAACCUCUAGUGAUGUCUCCACUGUUGGUCAUUGAAGGCUGUUUCCAGUUGCCCAUUGGGAUGAACAUUUUUGUGCAUGAAUCUUUUUCUGCAUUUGGGAAAAUUCCCCAAGGCUUAGAUUCCUUAGGAAUAUCUAGUGAUUAUCAAACCACUUCUAAGGCUUUGUCAUCAAUGUAUAGCAAAUAGGAAUUGUUAACUUGAGUAUACGAUAUGAAACACAUGAAGCUAUAGCUAUUAAAAUAUUAUAUUUAAUCCGUAGUGUAGGAAGAAGCUAAUAUGCUUUUUUAAAUAUUAUGGGUGGUGAAGGCAUUGGUACAGAAUUAGAGAAUUAUCUUACUGAGCACACCUAGUUCUCACUUUCGCUGGAAAUGGUGGCAUCUGAGCUCCAAAGAGAAGCUCUGGAGGUGUAUCAGGCAAUUUAAAUGCCAUUACUGGUUUUUCAGCUUUGAAUAGACUAUAAACUCUGUGGCUGAAGAAGGGAAUCUUGGAAAGAAGCUAUUCAAUGAACAUCUAAUUACAAAAACCACAAAAGCAUUAACCAAAAAAAGUUGAGUUUCAUUUUAUCUGGGCAGUAUUUAAAAUGACUAUUCACAACCUUUACAAGGUUUGCAGGGAAUGAAUUCAAAUAGAAGGUGACUUUUUACUUAAUCCUGACAAUGGCCUAAAAAGGAAUCCUCUUCAAUAGGGUCUAUCAGUUCAUGGCUUCAGGUCCAGAAAAUGUUUGGGAGAAAAUUUACAUGACAAAAAUGGUCAGUGAAUAGAAAGUUCAAAAUUUCUCAGAGAGAGAAUGUCACUUCCAUGUCACCAUGGCAACUAGAAUACCUGCUGUUUCUGAAACCACCAGGAAGGUCAUUCCUCUCCAUGCUGGUUAGAAAAAAUAAUGCAAAUGGCAAACAUAAGACUGUACAUGAAGAAGAGCAGCUCAGUGAGCAGCCCCUCUAUUCAGGUGGGGAAUUUGAAUAACAUCGGUAAAUCAAGUCAGAACUCCCAGAGGUACAAGUUAGCAUCUUUCUACCUGCUGAUCGCCCCGCAUGGACGUGUUCAUGUGGUUUCCAGCACGGCUCCUCUGCUGGAUGUUUCUGCGUGGUCACUCUACGUGACUUUUGCAAAAUCAUUGUUUCUAGUGCAGCUCAUGAAAACAGCACACGUAUCGAAUAUUCCUCUAGUCAAAGGUGCUACAUCUUCGUGUACGAUGGAUGUGUUCUGUGUACUUGUGCACAACUGGAGAAUUCUGUGGCUUGAUUCAAAUGACUGUUAAUGAAUUAAAUAACAGAGGAAUUGUCACGUGUUGCUUUUGCUAUUCUACUGAGAGUGGAAAAAAAUAAAAUCCUUUCAUUGA